AUGCCCAUACUCCCGAAAACCUUGAUAAAAAAACAAGGACGUCACGCUACGAAAGCCGCUCCUUCUAAUUUCGACACAAGCAAUCAAUCUUCACCGUCGGAAGACAUAAAUGACACUCUCGCCGCUGUCUUUCCGAAGAAUCCAGACAUAGUUGAUCGGGUUUUAUCACUGCUAGGGCCGCUGAAGGAAACAUACCGACCUCUCAACUUAAACGGAUGUGACCGCGCGAGAACAGAGUUUCUUGCAUAUGGGACGCUUUCACAGAGGAACCCUUCGUGCGAUGACCGCUGGAGCUCUCAAUAUGGCGCAUACACCUUUCAAAUUCCUCCCGCUAAUGAAGUCCCACAUCUUCAAGUUACGUUUGUGCGAGGACUCCUAGUUGGUAUCAUCGACGCGGACUCACAUGGCUCACUCAAGAUUUCUGCAAACUGCUGGACGGCACCCGGUCAUCUCGUAAUAGCUCCUCCUCCUGAUCCACGAUUGAGAAACAUCCCGGUCUGGAUUCGAGAUUGGCGAUACAUACCCUCAACAAAUGGACGAGGCCUGUUUGAAAUCUUGGAGAAAGAUAUUGUCUUGUUGACUCCCAAACCACCUCAUACUACACCUUUUCGAACUCUUCGACCCGAUUUAACAGCUUUGCAACUUCCUCAACACAUUCGUGGAUUUGUACGUGCGAAGAGCUGCAUUAUCGGAUCCAAGUCUUCCCGACCGAUAUUUCUAACGGAAAUCUCAGACGCCCUCGACAAUACAGCUAGUAGCGCAGUCAUUGUCAUAUUUCGAGGCUGCGAUGCAAUGAAAUGGUGGCCGUUCUUGUCUUCGGGUCAGGAGGUUGGCAUUUCGGCUUUGAUUCCCUGCAAGUUGCCCAAGUAUAAUGAACGUCUUGUGCUGGCCGCCCGUGGACCAGAAUCAACAUGUUGUGACCUUUCGCAAACGCCUAUUGUUGAGAGACCACAACCUAGUCACAGUCCAGAAAGCUUCAAAAGACAUGAUCCGAAAAAAAGAAAGUUAGAAACAGAGAAUCGUAAGGAUGCAAUCACACUUGUGCAAGGGGGACAUGCUAUGUUAACAUACGAGGGUGAAGUCACAGAAGUGCUCGGCGAAGGGAAGUUGCAAUUAGACCACAAGGUAAUAUUGUAUCUGGGGAGCUUUGCAAAUUGGUGUGCCGGCCCUGCGGUUAGUAGAGUUUGUUUUCGGAAAGGGGCGAAAAUUGUUGCGUCUUGGGUGAUGAGCUUUAUUCGUGAGGGAUUAAUUCGCUUGUUUCCGACGGGGAGAACCUCUGUCGACGUCCAAUAUUUCGGAGACAUUGAUCUCGAAAUGCGGUUACCAAGAAGUCGUCAGAACGUUUGGCGUUGGAUUUGGAAGAGGUGGGAAUUCAGAGACAUCAUUUGGGCGGAGGACAUAUAUUGUGCCUUGCGGAAAAACCUCGGGAGCUUAUUUGAAAGUACUCUGAUAUCUAGCAGUGCCGAUAUUGCAACGGAAACGGAGUUAAUCGAAUAUCUGCUAGGCACCGAAAAGUCAGUAGGCUUAGUUCAGCAUGCGAUGUUUCUGCUUAGCGGUCGAAAAGAAUUGCUGGAUCCCGACUUGACAGUGUCGCGAAAUUUACACGCGGAAUUUCUCUCUCCCAACCAAGUACCCGAAACGCCAAGUUCUCGCCCAGCCGUUCCAUCGUUGGCGUCCAUAAAAAAAGCCGUGCGCCUUCUCUGGAGGAAGCGUGAGAGUGAAAGUGCGAGUCCGAGACCCACAGAUGAAUUGUCCACGCAAGCACCUGUACACGUUAGUGCUAUAUUCACGAUAUCGGAGAUUUUGGGAGCAUUGUGUGAGAGAGAUGAUGUCGACCUGUCUUUUUCGACGGCAGGAGUACGAGGUCAGGGCAUCUCCUUAAUCUGUCUCUUGCAAGGGUCUGCUGAUGGAUAUCCCCAGGCGACCCUGUCCGAUGCAACUGCAUCUAUGAAGACACGAAUUAUCGGGGACGUGCCUCCCUGUGCAAUCGGAAGUAUUGUUGUUUUGCAACGCUUCUCAGUUGUUAUUGAGUUUACGUCAAUCAAGAGUCUGUGUGAAAUCACAUUAGUAAUUGAAGGGCACUCAAUUGAAGAAUUGCUUGGGGGUGGUACCGACGAUUAUGACCGAACGGCUAGUUGCAAUGGAACAAGGGGAUCAGGUAUGUGUAUGGCAAGCUACCCAGGGGUUCGUGGUUCUGAGCGCACGCCGCGUCUCGUACAGAGGCCCUAUAUGUCUCCCACACAACACGAAAAUAUUCUGGACUCAAUCAUUGCGCGAUGCCCCCUCAUCUGCAUAUUCGUCAACAAGCUUACGCCUCGUCCUGCAGAAUGUGUUGUCACUGGCGCACUUCUGGCGUUUUGCCGAAGUACUCAAGACGAAGAGUGGAUCUCGUUUCCCAGCACCAAAGAGGGGUUCUACCCUUGCCGUUUAUCACUGUCAGGACAAUCCAUGCUGAGCUUCUCCAUCGCUCUUCGAAUAGGCAAUUUCUUCGCCGUGUCGUGUACUGAUUUGCUGGCAACUCCUAGUCCAGAAGAACACUUACGGGAGCAAUUAGCUCAAAGUCUAAAGCAACAGUCUCUGCUUAAGCUAAAAAGUCAUGUUGAGUGUGAAGUGCCGUACGUUAGGAGUCUAGGUAAACAGAACAAGUUAAGUUGUUUUGGACCAAAUCAAGAAGACCCUCGAAGACAUCAAACCUCACCCUCGGGCUUUUUUGAUAAAGGCAUGAUGACCAUUCACGAGGGAAGUAAGCUGGGAGGAUAUUCCCCUCUACAGACAACACUUCGUUCCUUGCGGGACAAGACAGCGAAUUCCAUUUCAUUUCCGCUUUGGGAUGCGUUCGAUCGGUGCCACGUUGGAAAGGAAAAGGUUUUGAUACUUCGUGGAAUAGUGCAGUACUGCGGACCGCCCAUCGAGGGCAGUGUGCGGUCUGACAUGCUUUGGCAGCUCCGUAUCCUGGACGAAGAUAUUGAAGUGAUCAGCAUUACCAUUGACUUUUAUGACAGACAAUCCAUACCUUACGGCAUAACGGGAGGUAUGAGUGUCAUCGUCCACAAUGUAUCUCGGGUGACGUUGCAGGGUGGAUCCCGUUUUCGUUUUGUGGGGAAUUCCACAACAUUUGUUGACUUGAUUGCUGUUCCAUCCCUGGACCAGAAUAGCAAGUGCCUUGAUUGCGUCAGCCCGCCAACCAUUCAGUCGCUAUGUUCAGCCUUUAACUUCGCUACACUCUCGGAGUUUAGCACGGAAAAUGAACGUCAAGGACAACAGUCCUGUGGAACUGGUAUUAUCCGCCUUCGGGUGUUAAAAGUUGACCAAAUACAGGUUAAAACCAUGACGCAAACCAAUUGUGCAAAAUGCGGCAUAGAAACGGUACCCGAUGGUAGCACAAUGAGAACGACAAUUUCGGUUACCGCUGCCGUAGAGGAUGGUUCUGCAGUGGGAACUCUGAUCUGCAAAGGUUGGGAACCUGUCACGCGACUUCUUGGAAUGAAGCGGCAUGAAGUUUUGGCAUUGAAAACAAGGAGCCUUUGUAAAGGGGGCUUCACAAUUUCUUGUGAAGAGGCUAAAGCAUAUCAAGUUUCUGCUUUUAAAAAUCGCCAGCGUGACACUCUUACAGACGUUUGCGAAGUGAUGCCUCGAGUAGCGACGACGAUUCUGACAUAG